AUGUCUGGUUGGGGUUCCUGGCUUAAAGGCGACGCUCCCGCCGGCGCAGCUGGCAGCGCACCCGCUGCCUCGGGCAGCAACUUCCACGCCAUCACCGACACCACUCCUCAGAACGCGCUCUUCGGCCCUCUCGAGCCCACCGACCUCGAAUGGACCUGCGCAGGCGGCUUCACCACCGAGACCCAGACCUGGUACUCGGUGCUCGACGAUGGCUCCUUCGCCACCUCGCAGAUCAUCCAUUCCGCCGUGGGUCUCUGGUACCCCCAAGUGCAGAUGACGUUCAAGUACUUCAACCCCAAGACGGGCAAGAAGAUCUGGAAGUCGGUCAACGUGACCAAAUUUGCGCCCCAGACCGACAAGCGCAGCAGUAAGGCGGCCGAGUUCAGCGUCGUCUUCAGCAGCACCGAUGCGGGCGACAAAUACAGCAUCACGGCCAACCUGGAUGCGGAUCUGCAGCUCUCAUGGUCCUUCACCCGCCCCAAGGCGAUCCAGGGGUGGAAGCUCGGUGCGGGUCCCAAGGGUGGAUUCAGCUACUUCGGCUCCAACCUCGGCAGUCCGGAGGGAUAUGUAAUCCAUCGUUUCUGGCCCGUGGCCGAGAGCGAGGGACAUGUGAUCGCCCAGGGCGCCGCUAUCGACGCCAAGGGCAAGGGCAUGUUCGUCCACGCCAUCCAGGGUAUGAGGCCCAACCUGGUCGCCGCCAAGUGGAACUUUGCCAACUUCCAGGCGGACGACGAGAAGCUCGGUCGAGUGAGCGGCGUCAUGAUGGAGUUCACCACCACUCCCGACUACGGAUCCGCGCAAGAUGGUCAGCCGACGGGCAAGCGCGAGUCGCUGACGGUCAACAUUGGCUCGAUCGUCGCCGAGGGCAAGCUGAUCGCCGUCACUGCGGCAACUAGGACGGCGAGCGCGGCCGACGCAGACAAGAGCCAGAAGAGCAACUCGCGCGUCACGCACCUCGACAAGACGCUCGACCAGGACACGGGCUACAACGCUCCGCAGGCCAUCGAGUACACCUGGCAAGGCCCCCUCCUCGAUGCGUCGACCGGAAAGGGCGAUGUCGACCAGAAGGUGGAGGCGUCCCUCAAGGUCGACUUGGGCAAACCGUUCCCGAGCAGCGAGACCCACGGUUUGGUGGACAAGGUCGAUGUGCUCGCCGAGAUCCCCUACAUGGUCAGGAAGCUGGUCAACUAUGUGGCGGGCACCAAGCCGUACAUCUAUCAAACGCUCAAUGAGGCCACGCUGAAGCUCCGCUUGCCCGGCAAGGAGGAAAGCCAGGUCAAAGGCUCGCUCUUUGAGGAACACACCUUCAUCAGCGGUUAG